UUGUCAUUAUUGAACCAAGAUAAGACUGAUUCUAGGUCUGUAGGGGAAAAGGCACGAUUCAUCCAAUCAGGUACGGGAGGAAGUAGAAACGGAGAUAUGUGACGUUUGAAAUGACUGGCAAAUGCUGCUUCCUGGAAGAUGGCCGGCUAAACAAAAUAGUCAUAGAUAUAAUAUAAGAAACUUUUCGCAUUUGCAAACUACUUUGCUUAGCCAAAUUGUUAGGUUUCAAUACAUGCAAUUCGAUCCUUUAUACUUUGAUCCUUUGUAUGAAAUGUUCUUUGAGUGACUGUUUGCCGCUGCUGUAGCUUUUCAAAUACCCUUAGAAGCUAACCAACUUUUUCCCAUUCAGCAGAAAAGCUAGCGUUAGCCAGCUAGCAAAUGUCACUCUUAGCUACAUGUCAACAGAAAUAGACACUUGAGUGUAACUGCAGCUCAUCUCUCGUGGACAGACUACUAUAUGUAAACAUGAAUCAGACAUUACGCGAGGCUCUCGUUCUUGGUCAGUCUAGAUUAAAUGGUAUUUGAAACCUGCCAGUGAUAUUAAUAUCCACGAAAAGAAAUGGGGCACAGUGAUUCGUUAGAGCAAGCUACUCUUUUUAAAUUCGAUCCAUUCGGUCUUUUUCUCGGACUGUCUCGCUGGUUGAUUAUGUUCUCGCAGCUGCGUACUUCUGUCUUAAAUGUAUAGCUAGCUAGCUGUAUUGAUUUACUAAUCAUAUUGCAAUGGCUCACUGCAGUUCAGAUCCAAGUGGGAAAUUACACCGUUCAGAUACCAGCUCGGUAUUGAUUUCAGGAUCCCCCGGAAACGUUGAUCAGGCCAUGAAGCCGGUGUUGUUUGAAAUAUUUGGCGAGAUUUGGAACGUCCAGGCCCGGCUCGGGCAAGGCGUCUCAGCCUCUGUAUACCGGGUGAGCUCUGGGAGAGCCAGCACGGCCGCGGUUAAGGAGUUCCAGGCAGACUCUCAAGGCGGUGAUUACGGGUAUCACAAAGAAAGGUCUGUGCUGGAAGACAUCCAAGGACACAAAAACAUUGUAACGCUGUACGGGGUGUUCACCAACCACAGCCAUGCUGGUGUGGCCACGCGCUGCCUGCUGCUGGAGUUGCUGGAUGUCAGUGUGUCUGAGCUGCUGGUGAGGGUCAAUGCCCAGAGCCAGGCAGCCGUUCCCCAGGGUGGUGGUUCCCUGCCCCAGGGCCACUCUAUGUGGCUGGUCCAGCACUGUGCCAGGGACGUCCUGGAGGCCCUGGCCUUUCUUCACCGGGAGGGAUAUGUCCACGCUGAUCUUAAGCCGCGCAACGUGCUCUGGAGUGCCGACGACGAGUGCUUCAAACUCAUUGACUUUGGCCUCAGCUUCAAGGAGGGCAACCAGGAUGUGAAGUACAUCCAGACGGAUGGGUACCGUGCCCCGGAGGCUGAGCGUCAGAACGCCCUUGCCCAGGCGGGUUUGGAGGUGGAGGGGGAUUGCUCGGCAGCUGUGGACCUCUGGAGCCUGGGCAUCAUAUUGCUGGAGAUGUACUCUGGCAUCAAGCUCAAAGACACCGUCAGGACACCCGAGUGGAAGUGCAACAGUGCAGUGAUAGUCGACCAUAUCUUUGCCAGUAACAGUGUGAUGUGUCCCGCCAUCCCCGUUUACCACCUCAGAGACCUAAUCAAGAGCAUGCUUCACAACGACCCCAAGCACAGAGGCACAGCCGAGGCGGCCCUGCUUAACCCGUUCUUCAGCAUUCCCUUCGCCCCUCACAUAGAAGACCUGGUUCUCCUGCCCUCUCCUGUUUUGCGUCUGCUCAACCUGAUCGAUGACAGCCAUCUGCACAAUGAGGAGGAGUACGAAGACAUCUUGGAGGACAUGAAGGAGGAGUGUCAGAAGUAUGGCUCCGUGGUCUCCCUCCUCAUCCCCAAGGAGAACCCAGGCAAAGGACAGGUUUUCGUGGAGUACGCCAACGCGGGCGACUCCAAGGAGGCCCAAAGACUGCUGACGGGACGGACCUUCGACGGGAAAUUUGUCGUUGCCACCUUCUAUCCCCUGAGUGCUUACAAGAGAGGUUACCUAUACCAGACCGUGCAGUGAACGCACAGGCUCGCAUGGAUCAACACAGCCACACUGUCUGCUGCUAAGGCCUAGGUCCCAGUCACUGGGCUUGUCACUGUCAUUAUGCAUAUACUCCUAUCAGAUCAACACUGCUUUCUGCAGCCUCUAGGGCCAGAGUUAACCUGCCUACUGUGCCCUGUAGCUUCCUGGAUGUAGCGCCAGUCUGGACUAGAACCAUUUGCCCUUUCCGGUCUUUCAUGUCCUCCUGUGGGGAGGUAUACUGCUGCAUGAUGCUGUUCCAUCCAGACGAUGUUUAUCACAGGGUUGUGGUUUAACUGUCACAGCAACGAUAGAUCCUGACUGGUCAAAGCUGCACACUGUCUCACUUUGAACGCUGUGCCGAGGUCAAACUCUGACCCACAGAAUUACAUUUUGGUCCCGUCACUUUGUAGAGCACAACUACAGUACCAAGUGCCCUAGGAGUUUCUCGUGAACCUAGAAAGCCAUUGAUAUUACAGCGGCAUACAUUUCUUCAUAUGCAAUUUCUUGAAUGUCUUCUAGAUGCUUUAUCUUAAUUUGGUAAUCCUGUUGGCAGUGUGUAGUUUAUUUAUGGUUUAAAACGUAAUCUGAAUAUUUGAAAAUGUCGGCCUCUUGUAAAAGAAAAUUUGACAAACCAAUGAACAUUUCAUGAACUGUUGUUGCCGGACACUUCCUGUGGGGUGUCCAAUUGAGAUACAGCAUUUGCAUGUUGAUUGAGGUCAUUGAAACUCUUCCUAGUGUUUGAUCAAUGUCCUCGUCAACGGUUGAGCCGCAAUUUCCACUUCUUUAAAAUGACCUUCCUGUGACCUUUUUCCUACGAGACGUUUGUUUUAACACUUGAAUUCCGAAGUUACCACUGCAAUGGUUAGUAGAAACACGCUGAGUUCAAUAACAUUCUCAGUUAAAAACUCCAGCCACUAAACUGCAGCACGCUUUUGUGGUACAUUAUAUAAAUCACAUAUUUUCUGAUGAAAGGGACGCGUCAUUCACUGGAACUGUACUGAACAUACCAACCAGCUUACUGUAUGCUUGGAGCUCAUUAAUGUGGGUUUUCGCAGACUAAUAUUGAAGUUGGGUGGCGUUCAAGCUGUCAGCGCUGUAGUACAGCAGCCUACUAUUCCAGUUCUAACUGAGGUCUGUGAGUUUGAUAGUCUGCAUACCAUAUCAGUGUGUGAGAGCCGUGUUGGUGGAUUCUGGUGAGAUGAUGUAGUGUUCUGAUACUGCCGGCUUCUGUAGCCCCGUGUUGUGUGCGUGAGAUGUUAAAAACCAACAGCACUAUAUUGCAUGCACUUAAAUGAUAGUUCACAGGUUGUGUUUCUACUGACAGUCAAAGGUUAGGGGCGGUGUUCAUUCUGCCUGUCUCUUGACUCCUCUUGUUGCCUGUCUGCUGCUCAUAUUAAUUCCAGUUACCCUGUGAGUCCUAGGCAGCGGAGCACAUAAGCCUCUGAAUGGGAAGGCAUUUUCAGGCAGGGGUUAGCAGGCUAAUGGUAUCCUGGCCAUCUUUAUGAAUACUGCUGCACCUCCCAGCCGUCAGACUGGACAAAGGGCUUGUUUUCCUUUCUGAUAAAGAACCUAGCUGAACUUCCGUAGCUCUCUCCUGCCUGCUGAGCCCUCCCAGAUGCCCUUUAAAUUGUUUGAGAACGAGACCAUUUAUUAACAUGAGCCAAAAAUGACUUUAAAGCACAUUGUUGUUGAUAGACUAAGAUUUACUCGUUUUGCUACAAAGAUAUACCGUUUAUUAAAUCCUCCCAUAAUGUGAAAGCAAUGACUCUAAGACCUCUUGGCACCAUCCACGGAGUCCCCAUAAAACAGAAACGUCCGGUUUUCAGGGAUGCAGCCAUCCUCAACCUAGCUUCCAUUUCUCUCUGAAAACAGAAUGCUUGAUCUUCCGCUCAUGCGUUUAGUUUUACGCCUGCAAUGUUGGGUUGAAACACGCAUUCAACUGCCGUCUCUACCGCCACUUCUCCGUCAUCAUCUACAAUCUAACACUAACAGUCUGCUCCUGUUUACUGUGUUCACGGAUGUUUCAAUAAACACCCUUUCCCAGAGUGGUGGUCAGUAGAUCCCAAUCAAAGCCUCUAUGGAUUCCUUCCUAAUCUCCACAACCAUGGAGCGUGAGGACAGCAUUUCUUUAUGCAAACAUUUUCAGGGAGAUGAUUUUUGUUUUGUUUACGCUGUUUUGCCACCUCUCCGAAUGCAGUUUUUUUUUUUUCUUUUUUCUUUUCUUACCUCUUUAAAAUAUAUUAGUACUCAAGUGAGUGCGUCUGUGUGUCUGAUAACACAUUUCGAUGGCUGAAAUGGAUUUGUGAGCAAGCUCUGCCGCCUGCUAGCUAUGUGCAAAAUUGUUUCUAUAAUAUAUGUAUUAGAUUGGCGGUGGUAGAGCAGACUGUUGUUGAAGGAUGACUGUGCUCACAAUGUUAAACAGGGAAAACAGGUCCAACUCGGUGGUUGCCUGCAGUGUAGGAGAGUGAAACAGAGCGAAUACCAGAGAACCAGAACCAGUUGUGAGCAAUGCUGCGAGUCAUUCAAAGUAUGCCGCAGUAGUUUGGGCCUGAGGCCGAGCUCAUUCCUUGUCAGGUUAGAUGUUUCAUUUCCCAGGACCGCUGGUAUAACUAAAUCGCUUUCCAGGCAAUUUGUAAUAAUCUACACUCUUGUAUUGGAAACGAAAUGACUGUGCAACUUUCUUUGGAAUGUUUUCUUGCUAAGCAGUUGGAGUGUCUCUGAUUAGCAGUCGGCCAAGCCAAGUCUCUUCAGAAACUGGUUGGCAGAGUGUGUCUGGGUGUCAGGUCUGACAUCUGACAUUUAACUCCCUGUACUGUCCAGGAGCAUGCCGGGCCCUGUUAAUAUGCAUAAAGCCCCUGUCUGGGACUCUGCCUGAGAGGGGCAGUGUGGUGAGGUCUAGACUGGUUUGGGGGUGUUACACAUAUGGGGAGGUGAAUUGAUGUUUCUCAAUGGGAGGGAUAUUGAUUUUGUGUGUGUGUGUGGGUGGGUGGGUACGUGGAUACGUAAGUUACUACAAGUUGCUUUGGAUAUGUCUGUGAAGGUGAGGGACCGAGGUGUGCCAACUAAGGCUGUGGCAAUUAGCGACGGCUCAAACAGUCUCAUCAGAAAUCUGCUUUGACCCAAAGAGUCCACAGUUCCACUUAGCUGGGUGUAAAGGUUAUGGGGUUUGGUGUCAGUUUUCCAGGUCUGGUGCGUGUGUGCGUGCGUGAAGGGAAGGCCUCACAUAUCUGCCUAGAUCCAUGUUGGUUGGCAUUGGUAUGUUGUUUCAUUUAGGUUUGUUAGCUACACAUAUGAGCUGUUACAGAACUGCUGUUUGCAGACAUAAUAUGCACAAAUGGGCAAUUAUUUUGUACUGAAUUGAGAUGAGCCCUGCUUCAUGGCACUGAUCAAACAAUUUAAUUAUAAGCAAUAUAUUAGACCAUAAAAGAUGACUAUUACAGAAUAAAAUAUUAUGCUGGCAGUGUUUUAUCAAUCAAGCUCCUUCCCCAUUUAGACAAUCGUAAUGAUUAUCACUUUUGACUCUGAGCAACACUUUGUAAUCUUUGGGAUUGGUGAAGACCUGCUGCACUUAAAGGCUGGCAGCCUCCAAUACAAAGACCAACAGUUGUCUCCCACAGAACUAAAACUAACUUGAAUGUAAGUGUCUCAUUUUGAGUUCCUCGACUCACUCAAACUCAAUUGAGAUCAGCUUAAAAAAGGCAGAUAUGAGAAUGUAACACAUGUAUAAUGGAAGAUGCGCAAAUGGGUGCAAGUCCAAGCAUUGUCACACAGAAACCUGUGAUUAAAUGGGAGUGAUUAUAUAUCUUGUAUUAUUGUUGCCUAUCUCACAAUAAAGAAUGCUAAACGUUA